AUGAUGUUCACCACUUACAGGGAAAAUCGGAUUCUCCCACCUUCUAUUAUCGCCAUAUGCCUGGCACUAUACUGCUACCUUCUCAAUUCCUCUGUGGAAAGACUUGGCGCUAGGAGACUUCCUGAUAAUCCCCAAUCUGAGCUGAAGACAAACUCGCUUUCGGAGCCAACGCACCAAAGUCUGCAAAUGCAGCCUGAUGGCCAUGGAAAACUCGAUGGCAGUGAUGUUCUUUUGAUCCUCAAGACUGGUGGGACGUCGAUGUACCACCGCCUGCUUAUUCACCUAGUCACCAGUCUCUCUCAGGAGCGAAUAAACCCCCAGAAUGUUGUGAUAUACUCGGAUUAUGAAGAGGCGAUAGGCAACUUUACAACCAUCGAUGUCCUCAAGAACAUGACAGAGGCCAUCAAGUCACAUCCUGAUUUCGACGUCUACCAUGCCCUGCCGCAAUACGUCAAGAAUAACGUCUACGUCGAGAGUGCAAAUAUAGAAGGCGAUCAUGAAGGCCCUGUCGGCGGCUGGGUUAUUGACAAGUAUAAGUUCUUGCCUAUUAUGGACCACGCUGGCAAGAACUGGCCCCAUGCACGCUGGUAUAUAUUCAUGGAAGACGACGCAUACAUCUUCUUGCCUAAUGUACUGGACUACCUGUCAUCAUUUGACUGGAAGGCACCACACUACCUUGGUAGCUCAGCUUUCUUAGCCAACGUCACUUUCGCACAUGGAGGCUCUGCUUUCGCUCUCUCACGCGGCGCAUGGGAGAUGUCCUUCGGGAAGAACUCGCGACUUUUUGAGGACUUUGCUGAAUACACCCGUCAGCACGGCUGUGGCGAUCACAUCCUAGGACGUGCACUGAACGAAUAUGGAAUCCGGUUCGGAGAAAACGGCGGUGAUGAGAAGUUUACUUGGGGGUUUAACGCAGUGGUGCACUGGAAGUUCGGUUUCAGUAGUGAGAACUGGUGCACGCCUCUUUUGUCGUGGCACAAAGCGCACAGCAGGGAUAUAGCGAGAUACUACCAGCUGGAAAAGAACUGGGACUUCAAGAGGCCCAUGCUAUUCAAAGAUUUCUUCACACUGAUUAUUGCUCCAGAUCUGGGUAAGAGACGAGAAUGGUGGGACAACCUGUCCAGCCUCUUCGAUGUCACUUCUGCCAACGCAAAUUCGCCUCCGGCUCCGCAUUCCAACUACGAUCGCAGUCUAUGGGCCAACGCAUGGAAGUCUGCGGAUGCGUGUGAAGCAGCUUGUGAGUCGUGGGACGAGUGUAUGCAGUGGAGCUAUUACGAUGACUUGUGCCGCAUGGACGACAAGCUAACUAUGGGGUCUGGAUUUGCACCUGGCAUGUAUCAGAGGAGGACGAGACUGUUAAUUACGAGUGGUUGGCUGUUGCCUCGAAUCAAGAAUUGGGAGUGCAAAUAG